CUGCCGUACGAAGGCGAGGGUGUGGCGGCUCCUCGCUUCGUCCCCUGAAGGAACACGUUUCUGCUUUGUACUCCGCACCAUGAUCACUGCUGCAGAGUACGGCAACACGUCCUGGGACCUAACCGUACAGGUUGACGAGAAGGACACAGAGGAGAACAAGCAGAUCAUCAGGGUGAAGGGGAGCGACCAUGUCGGCGGAAUCAUGCUCAGACUAGUAGAGCAAAUAAAGACCCCAAAGGACUGGUCUGACUACGCCUUGUGGUGGGAACAGAAGAACUGCUGGUUGCUAAAAACCCACUGGACACUGGACAAGUAUGGAGUCCAGGCUGAUGCCAAUCUUAUCUACACCACCCAACACAAGCCUCUGUGUCUGCAGCUGCCAAAUAUGAAGCACAUCAGGUUGACUGUGAGCUUCUCAUCAGUGGUCUUCAAGACUGUCUGUGAUAUCUGUAGAACUCUCAACAUCAGAAGAUCAGAAGAACUGUCUUUGUUGAAGCCUCCUGAUGACCCAUCUAAAAAGAAAAAAAAAGACAAAGGCAAGAAUCCAGCUGUUGAUGAUGUUAUAAUUAUGGAUGCUGUUGGUGGAAUACCAGGGAAUACAGCUGGAAACAGUGGACUCUACAGUAAAACGAUGACACCCAUUUAUGAUCCUGAGACUGGAUCCCCUGCCUCUGCAACAAGCCUGUGGUUUGGACAGAAUGACCUGACAGUCAGCCAGCCCAACUUGUCUCCUGCUGAGCUUGCAAAGGUGUACAAGCCUUUAGCAUUAGUUGAGAAGGCAGUCAUCAACUCAGGGUGGUUGGAUUCUUCCCUGUCUUUGAUGGAACAGGGUAUCCAGGAAGAUGACAAGCUUCUGCUGCGCUUCAAGUACCACUGUUUUUUUGACCUCAACCCAAAAUAUGAUGCUGUGAGAAUAAACCAACUGUAUGAACAAGCACGCUGGAGCAUCCUCUUGGAAGAAAUCGACUGUACUGAAGAGGAAAUGCUGAUGUUUGCAUCCUUACAGUAUCACAUUUGCAAACUAACCAAAUCAUCAGAACCGCUGGACUUUUCAAACAAAACGGACAUAGAUGAAGUAGAUGCUGCCCUGUCAAAUCUAGAAGUGGCACUCGACGGUGGAAACACAGACAAAAUACUGGAGGACAUUACUGACGUUCCAAAACUGGCUGAUACCCUUCGAUUACUCAGGCCCAAAAGAUUGACACUUCGGCCAUAUAAAGAGUACUAUUUUAUUUUUAAAGACACCACAAUAUCUUAUUACAAGAACAAGGAGUCGUCCAAUAGAGAACCUAUCGAGCAAUUCCAUCUGAGAGGUUGUGAAGUUGUUCCUGAUGUCAGUGUGACAGAAAAAAAGUUUGGAAUCAAACUUUUGCUCCCAGUGGCUGAUGGCAUGAAUGAGGUGUACAUCCGCUGUGAUAACGAAACCCAGUAUGCAAAAUGGAAGGCAGCCUGUAUCUUGGCAUCCAAGGGGAAGACAAUGGCAUACAGCUCAUACAGGGCGGAAGUGCGGAACAUUCAGUCCUUCCUGCAGAUGAAGAGCGUAGCGACCCCACCUGGGCAGGCUGCCCCAGACUUGGAUGCCAUGGAGAUGAAUGCUGAAUGCUUUGUUUCACCCCGAUUUGCAAAGAAGUACAAGACAAAACAGUUGACAGCCAGAAUUCUAGAAGCCCAUCAGAACGUAGCCUCGCUGUCCCUCAUGGAUGCUAAGAUGCGUUUCAUUCAAGCAUGGCAGUCUCUGCCAGAGUUUGGCAUUAAGUACUACAUUGUAAGAUUCCGAGGAAGCAAGAAGGAUGAGAUUUUAGGAAUUUCCUACAACCGUCUGAUCCGGAUUGACAUGGCAACUGGCCAGCCAUUGACCACAUGGAGGUUUUCUAACAUGAAGCAGUGGAAUGUGAAUUGGGAGAUUAGACAGGUGACUAUCGAAUUUGACCAAAGUGUGUCUGUGGCCUUCACCUGUCAGGGCUGUGACUGUAAGGUUGUUCACGAGUACAUUGGAGGCUACAUUUUCCUGUCCACUCGCUCCAAGGACCAGAAUGAGACAUUAGACGAAGAACUGUUUCAUAAACUCACUGGUGGGCAAGAAUAGCUUAAUAGCUGCAGGAUUGCAAGGGUUGUGUACAAUAAAAUGAAUCUGAAUUUGUUACAUGAGUCCAAAAUGUCUAAUUAAGCUUAGGGAAGAAAUCCCAGAAGUUUGUCUGAAUUGUGUUUUUCAUGCUAACAAAAUAUAUAGCAAUUUUAGAGGCUAUUCUUUUCAUGAUGACAUGAUUUAUCAUGUUUUCAUAUAACUUCUUCCUGGAUUAUAUCACAAAUUUUAUUCAAAUUAAUAUGAACACUUCUGCAUUAGCGAAUCCACAGUGGUGAGGUGAGAAUUAAUCUCAGGAUCAGUUAUCGCCAUCCAGUGGUCACACAGUAUAAGAAGAGAGGCUUGCAGUUUUAUUUGUUUUCACUUCUACAGAAAAAACUACUACACGUCUAAGGUGAUGGACAUGUCCGUUUUCUUAAUGAUGCUGAGAAGUAAGAGUUUUCAGGAAUUUUCAGAUACCCUGUUUAUAAAACUGUUGUAUCGAUGAACCUCGGUGCAGCAAGUGGUACGUAACGAAUUAGGUUUGCUUGAGACUUUCA